GAGAGUGUAUGGUAGCCAGAGGGCGGUGGCAUUUCUGUCUCUCUGCGUAAACGGAGCGAGUGGAGAAGGAGAGAGCGCACGGUGAGGAAAGCAGAGCUUAGUGGCAAGGCAGCGGUGCCGCUGACACGAGUAAAGGGACCCCGUGGCUGUUUCCACCACCUCUCUCUUCUCACAGCUUAACCUGCGCCUUCUCACACGGACUUCGACAUCGGGACUAGAGGCUGUAUACACCUACCGACCCUCCUUUUGGUUUUUGGACUCGUUUGAUUAAUCAGCAGAGACCCUGAGGUGGAAGUGUGGGGGGGAUUCUUGUUUCCCCCACCGUGGACCGAGGAGUUGUGUGUGUGUUUAUGUGUUUUACGCGUUGCUUGUAAUGGGGAAAAGUGGACAGAGAAGUGGAAUAGGACACGGGCGUUGCAGCUUGGUGAGGAUGUGCGCCACGCCGGGGAUCCUGCUUCUCCUGGUGCUCGCACACAGAGGAAUCGCCCAAGUGAGAGACGAUGAUGAUUUCCUGAGUCUGAGCGAGCUCCCAGAAACCUUCCCCUCCGACCCUCCGGAGCCCUUACCUCACUUCCUGUUUGAACCUGAGGAGGGCUACAUUGUCAAAAACAAACCUGUCAAUCUGUACUGCAAAGCAACACCCGCCACGCAGAUUUACUUCAAGUGCAACAGCGAGUGGGUCCAUCAGAAAGAUCACACUGUGGAAGAGAGGGUGGACGAAAACUCAGGUCUGGUCGUAAGAGAAGCCAGUAUAGAAAUUACACGACAGCAAGUGGAGGAGCUGUUCGGUCCUGAAGAUUACUGGUGCCAGUGCGUGGCCUGGAGCUCCGCUGGAACCACCAAAAGCCGCAAGGCACAUGUCCGCAUCGCAUACCUGAAGAAGUCAUUUGAACAGGAACCCCUGGGAAAGGAAGUAUCUCUGGAGCAGGAAGUGCUCUUACAGUGUCGCCCUCCGGAGGGCAUACCAGCUGCCGAGGUGGAGUGGUUGAAGAAUGAAGAGAUAAUUGACCCAGCAGAGGACAGAAAUUUCUACAUCACCAUCGACCACAACCUGAUCAUCAAACAGGCACGUCUGUCGGACACAGCCAACUACACAUGUGUGGCGAAGAACAUAGUGGCCAAAAGACGAAGCACUACGGCAACUGUCAUUGUUUACGUGAAUGGUGGUUGGUCGACCUGGACAGAGUGGUCGGUGUGUAACAGUCGUUGUGGACGUGGCUUCCAGAAACGAACCCGCAGCUGCACUAACCCCGCCCCUCUCAACGGAGGACUGCCUUGUGAUGGACAGGCCAUACAGAAACUUCUCUGCACCACACUGUGCACCGUGGACGGUGUGUGGACAGAGUGGAGUAAGUGGUCGGCCUGUGGGACGGAGUGUACCCAGUGGAGGAGGAGGGAUUGCAACAACCCAGCACCUAAAAACGGAGGAAAGGACUGCGAGGGGCUGGUGCUCCAGUCUCAGAACUGUACUGACGGACUCUGUAUGCAAAGUUCAUUGUUUCAGAAGUCCACUGAGCCCAAAGAAAACAGUGAUUUGGGAAUCCCAUCUGCUCCGAGUACGGAUGAUGUGGCGCUCUACGUGGGCAUCGUCAUCGCAGUGAUUAUGUGCCUGGUCAUCUCUGUCAUCGUGGCACUCUUUGUCUACCGCAAGACGCACCGCGACUUUGACUCGGACAUCAUCGACACCUCGGCACUAAAUGGAGGCUUCCAGUCUGUUAAUAUCAAAACAGCUAGAUCAGCUGAUCUACUGACAGCUCCUCCUGACUUGACAAAUGCAGCUGCCAUGUAUCGGGGUCCUGUGUAUGCCCUCCACGAUGUGUCAGAUAAAAUCCCAAUGACCAACUCCCCUCUCCUGGAUCCUCUUCCCAACUUGAAGAUCAAAGUGUACAACUCAUCUGGUCUGGUCACACCGCAGGACGACCUCGGAGGAGACUUCACAUCCAAACUGUCUCCGAAGGUAACUCAGUCUCUGCUGGAUAACAGCGACACCAUGAACCUUCGCAACCAGAGCUUGGCCCGAACACGAGACCCUUCCUGUACUGCUCACGGAUCCUUCAACAACCAGGGAGGACACCUCAUUGUACCCAACUCAGGUGUGAGUUUGUUGGUUCCAGCGGGUGCCGUUCCUCAGGGUAGGGUGUACGAGAUGUAUGUGACUGUGCACAGGAAGGACAGCUUGAGACCCCCGGUAGAGGACAUCCAGACAGUGCUGAGCCCAGUGGUGAGCUGUGGACCUCCAGGAGCCCUGCUGACCAGACCAGUGAUCCUCACCAUCCACCACUGUGCUGACAACGUCCAGGAAGACUGGCUGAUACAGCUGAAGAACCAACUGGCCAUGGGAGAGUGGGAGGAUGUGGUUGUAGUGGGAGAAGAAAACUUCACCACCCCCUGCUAUGUGCAGAUGGACUCGGAGGCAUGUCACAUCUUAACAGAGACACUGGGGACUUACUGCCUGGUGGGCCAGUCAAUCUGCAAGGCAGCCGCCAAGAGGCUCAAACUGGCUGUCUUUGGACCCGUCUCCUGCACAACUUUGGACUAUCACAUCAGGGUUUAUUGCUUGGACGACACACAGGACGCACUGAAGGAGGUUCUUCAGAUGGAGACCCAGAUGGGAGGGAAGCUUCUGGAUGAGCCGAAGACCCUGAACUUUAAAGACAGCACACACAAUCUGAGGCUGUCGAUCCAUGACGUGCCACACACACACUGGAAGAGCAAACUAAUUGCAAAGUAUCAGGAGAUUCCUUUCUACCAGGUGUGGAGUGGCAGCCAGAGAACUCUUCACUGUACCUUCACCCUGGAGAGACUGAGCCCAGCCACCACAGAGAUCAGCUGCAAGCUGUGUGUACGGCAGGUGGAAGGAGAAGGGCAGAUCUUUCAGCUCAGCAACACAUUGGAGGAGGAGGUCCAGUGCAUAGACACGUCCCUGAUGGACCCUGCCAGUAAUAUCACAACCUUAGUGGGACCCAAUGCCUUCCGCAUUCCUUUAUCCAUCAGACAGAAGCUGUGUGGCAGUCUAGAUGCACCGCAGACCAGAGGCAAUGACUGGAGGAUGCUGGCCCACAAACUCAACCUUGACAGGUACCUGAACUACUUUGCCACUAAGUCCAGUCCGACAGGUGUGAUCCUGGAUCUCUGGGAAGCCCAACACUUCCCUGAUGGUGAUUUAAAUGAACUGGCCGCUGUGCUGGAAGAGAUGGGUCGCCAUGAUGGUAACUUUGCCUCCAUGACAACGGAACACUGACGAAGCAACAUGGUCACCGUGACAAUGACAUAACUCUGGAGACGAUAACACGUGAUUUCUCUAUGGCUGAUGCUGCGGCAAGGGCAAUGAACAAAUUCGAUGUGAGCAAAAGAAAAGUUGUCACUAAGGUGAUUGAGCACCGGUUAAAUACCAUGGCAAUCAUGCCGACAUGGUAACAAACGAGAAAUGCUCGAGCCGGUGCUGGGAACUCUGUGCGUGUAUCUUUGUGUGUUUAUUUCAGCAACGUUGCAGUGUUGUGUGUGACCGAAAGAGACAUAACCCAACCUACAACACAAACAGAGUCUAUCAGGAACAAACAAAACAUACACAUGCCUAAAAGAGACCUUGUUUGGUGUAACACUAGUUGUUCUCUUGCUGUUUCUUUAUACUGAGCAAAGAGAAGCAAAGAAAAUAAGCAACAGAGGUGCUGACCUUGAAAACCUCUACAGGACUGGAACAGAAUCAUAAAGGGAAAGAAGCUAAACUGAUUACAAAAGAGUGAGAGAAGGCACAGUAAGGGAAAAGAGGGGAUGAGUCAGAGACAAGAGUCUUUAGUAAGACAAGAGUAAACACAGGGAAAGGCUAAACUGAUUUCAAAAGGGAGGGAGGACAUUAACAUAAAAUGAUGGAAGAAGCCGCAGGUGAUCAUCUGUAAGAACAGGAUGGAAAACAGAUAAUGAGAGAGAGGAGGUAAAGAAGUGAUCCCUCACUUCUCCUGCGAGCCUUGGCUGUACAUGUUUUGCCAGUACAGUUUGUUGUCUUUAUAUCGUUUCCUAGGGAACGCUCUAUGUAUUCUGCUGUCCAUAUGUGUGGAUCCUUUCCCGCUAACAGAAUUUACUACACGGUGACUGUCAAUCAAAGGGUCCUGACCAGAAACAAGCCCAAGACUACAGCUGUCGCCUUUUUUGCCUGGACAUCAUAAGUGAUUUUAAAUUUGUGUUGUAUUAAAUAUCGAGUUUGUGGCUUUCCUCCAAUAUGCAUGAAGAUAUUAAAUCAUCCAGGUCACAGAGAGUCUAGAAGUUCUAAGUCAAAGGCAACUGAGCUCCAUUAGCAGUCCAUUUGUCUUAAACUUGUGCCUCUGAUUUACUUAAAAAGGUAAUCCAAAGAUGAUUAAACUGAUGGAUAGGCAUACAAAUCUAUUUUUUGUUUUUCCUUUCAGCAGACAGACAUGAAAUUAUCUGUUUUAGGGUAUAUUUAAGAUUGCACUUAUGAUAAACAGAUAAACAGGGCAAAGAUACAGACUGUCAGUCAUUCAUUCUCAUGCACACCGCAAAGGUGGUUAUGUUUUCAGCUCAGUUUGUUUGUCAGCAGGAUAACGGAAAAACUGCUGGCUCGAUUGUCAUGAAACUUGGUGGGAGGGUGUAGCAUGGGCCAGGUACGAACCCAUUUAAUUUUGGAGUGGAUUUGACACAUGGGGUGGAUACACAAAUUACACUGACUUUUGUUAACAUUGCGAGAUAGGGCAUUUGGCCUUGGCAGAGGUCUGCUCUUUCCAAGUGCACUUCUAGUUUGUUAAAUGUUUGCAUUUGUUGAUUUUAAAAUUGUUUAUAUAUUUGUUCCGGAAUAUACUUGUUGGGGAAGUCACCACAAGCAUCAAAGCACGGCUGAUCUUCAUGCAACAAAUGCAUCCCUUUACUAAAACUGAGCGUUGUUUUCUGCAGUCUUGCUGCUCCGUUCCAGGAUGGAGUUGUAGUGCAGACGCUGACUCCAUGCAGGGUGGGGAAUUCCAGCCAUGGCUACCACAUUUGGUUAACCACAACCUUAAUUCCAGGAGUCUCUCUAAUAGACUGCUGGGGCUUGUUUCUGGACAGGGUCCAACUCAGAGGAAAGAGAGAGGAAGCAAAAAGGGAUGAAGUCAAAGUGAAAACACAAGUGUUUUUAAAUACAAUACUAUACAAACUACCAUAGUAUUAUGUGAUAGUGAGUUAAAUACAGCUGAUAUCAUUCAUUACCGCUAAGUGUACACAAUAUACUGAUUUUAUCAAUCAUAUUUUAAUUUACUAAAAUAUAUAUAGCCUACAUAUAUAUAUAUAUAUAGAUAUAUUUCUGUCAUAUUUUCGGUGUCUCAUCAUCACAGGAUGUCAGUUGUGUUGUCUGCCGUCAGGCCACAUGUGAUUUCAUUUGUGAUCACCACCAUGACUUGAUCAUGGUCACUAGCACCAUCCAGUGGCUUUUGAAGAAUAACAGCAUUUACAUUUUUUGAUCGUCUGAAACGUGUAAAUACAUGAUUAUCAUGUUCAUUCUAAUGACCUUUUAUUAUCAUAAUAUUUUUUUGUUCAGUGGCCAUUAUUGUGUUAUUUGCUUUGACUUUUUUUUUCCAUUUUAAUGUUUUUAUAGGUGUAAACUGUUUGGGGGGAUAAAAUCUGUAACAUAUCAGUUAGUUGCCCAUUAUCUACAACAACGUUCUGUCAGCAGCUAACAUUCCAACUCAGUGUAUUUGUUGAAAAAACUGCAAUCUUAAGGUAAAAAUCCAGACACAAACUAAAGGGGCCGACUGUGUAAAAUGAAGUGUAAUAUAUUUGUGUUUUGCAGAACAACAUUGUGAAGCACAGCUGGGUUUCAAGCGUAUGCAUAGACUGGGGUCAACAAGGUCUGACAAAAAGGUGGAACUCCAGCGAGCCAGCUUUGUGGAGAGAAAAAAAGGCCUUAUUUUCAGUGGCUUUUUAAUAGUCAGAUGCCCUUGGGCACAUGAACUCUAUUCAUCAUGUUUAAGAACAUGAACAUUUAGUUCAAAGGGAAUACAUGUAACAUAUUCAAAAACUGGAGUUAAGAUAUUUCUGCUCUGAACUAUGGAGAGACGCCAUAUGAAACUGAACAUCAGGUAUGUAGAGGAGAUACUGAGGAGGAUCUUGUAUGGAAAACCAAGUGGGGAAAGGCUGAGUUAACACCGGUACAAAAGGUCAGAUUGUUACCUCUUCAUGACAGAUUUCAUCUUGCGGCUGUCCGCACAGGAGGGAAACAUUGAGACAUUGAUUUUACACAUUGAUUUUUUUCAGAAAUGUGUGCGUUUAAAAAUCCAACCUCUUGUAUCGGUGUAAAGCCAGACCUAGACGACAUGCAGGCCUCAAAGUUGUGUAUCUAUUAAUUUCGGACAGCCUUAAUGAACCAAAUUAGAGAAGGAGUGCGGUUAAAUAACAGAGUGGAUGUUUUGUAUGUUUUCAAAUGAUGAUGUCAGAUGUGAGGAAAACAAAGGGAAGAGCUGUGUGAGAUUUGAGGAUAAAAAGCCUAAAACAUCACGUCAACAAUUCAGUAGGUUUCAGAACAAAACAUGAACCCAAAGGUCAUGACAGUGUCUCUUUCAUACAACGUGAUCAUCAACAUGUCUGAUCAACUCAAACGCAGAAUACAAGAUUCAGUUUAACUGAUGAAACGUGCACAAGGAGACGAUCGGUUAAGAAAUGUAAGUUACUGCGUUACUUUGCCCAAAAUUUGAUCCUUGCCAUGUUCUGAGUCUGCAGUUACCGGCAAGACAGACUGUUUGUCAGUGGAGUAGACUGUAAAAGGGAGUUUUCAAACGAGGAGAGCAAACGUUUGGCCUCCAGAAGGUGAUCCUUCGUGAUGUGAAAAUGAAGAAAGUAGUGUUAAGAUAUCAAAGUAUGUAAAAAAUAUUUUGUAUCCACAAUAUGUACAGUUGUGUACUGUCAGCUAUAUUUGGCAAAUUUGAGAAUAUAAAAAAGAGCAGUACAGUUAGAUACUAGUUUGUAUGUUUCAAGUUUUUUUUUUUUUAAUUUAAGUUUCUUUCCUUUUUUGUAAAAGCGGUGUCGACUAUGCAAACUUGGCAUUGGUUAUCAUGAUAGAAGUCUAUAACUAGAGCUGUGCUUGUAAGUGCAUUUUUUAUUUUACUAUCAGGGGUGAUUUGAUUUGAUUAGUGCGGGGUAGUGUUGGUCCAUUUUUGCUAAUUCUGGCACGCUUCAUGAAUCUUGCUCAAUCUUGCUGAAUGCUCGCCUCUCUAUCUCCUCUAAUUGUUUUCUGUACAAAGUGUAAGAAAGAAUUUUUAAGACAAUUAAUAAAUUAUAUUUAUAAGCAACGCUGAA